CCUGUCCGCUCCGAUAGACAGAAGAUAGAGGAUUAUUCUCGGGGCGUCCGGGACAAACGCAUUGAGAAUUAAACCCCCCCGUCGCCAUGUUAUUCAAAAAUCACUAUUAACUAUUUAUUUAGUUGAUUGUUUUCCUGACGGCGGACUGAGAACCGAGGGCACGUCGGUCUCCUGUGAGCCGCGCACGGACUGGGAUGCACCGUUAGCUAGCUGUUAGCUUCCUCGCUAGCUUCCCCCCGGACGGCUCCGCUGCAGAGACGGGACCCAGAUCACCGCGAGUCACCGACCAGUGCAUUAUGACAGAGAGCAUUAUGAGUAAAGCUGCCACAAUGGAGAUUCCUAUCAACAGCAACGGGGACACGGGGACACUAACAGAAGACGACAGCCUUGAACAGGCUGCAAAUCUGCAGUGGAGCUUAGAUGAGAAAGUAGGGAGCUCCAGAGGCACCAGGGACCUGCAGCAGGUGAUGGUGUCGGGUCCCAACCUGAACGAGACGAGCAUCGUGUCAGGCGGGUAUGGAGGAACAGCGGAGGGGAUCAUCCCCACCAGCUCAAUCAAAGGGCCGGCUGUGCACUACAAUGCAGAGUUUAACAAAAGGAUCCCAGUUGAAGGAUUAGGUCCCAACAUGCACCACAGCAGCAGCAGCUCGUCGCUGACGGCGGACGAAGUGACCCGCGGUGUGGCUGUGGAGAAACUAGAAACAGUGAAGAAGUGGGGUUACAACACAUACAAGUGCACGAAGCAGAUGAUCUCGGAGCGGUUCGGUCGGGGAUCCCGGACCGUGGACCUGGAGCUCGAGGCCCAGAUCGAGGUGCUGAGAGACACUAAAAAGAAAUAUGAGAACAUGCUGCGAUUGGCCCGAGCGCUGACCAACCACUUCUACAACAUGGUGCAGACGCAGCACGCGCUGGGAGACACGUUCGCUGACCUCAGCCAGAAAUCUCCAGAGCUACGAGAUGAGUUUGGCUACAACGCAGAGACUCAGAAGUUGCUGUGUAAGAAUGGGGAGACUCUACUCGGUGCCGUUAACUUCUUCGUGUCGAGCAUCAACACACUUGUCAACAAGACCAUGGACGACACCCUGAUGACUAUCAAGAUGUAUGAAAAUGCCAGACUGGAGUUUGAUGCCUACCGGUCGGACCUGGAGGAGCUGAGUCUGGGUCCCAGAGACGCUGUAGCCAUGGUCCGUAUAGAGGCGGCUCAGCAGCAGUAUCACGUUCAUAAGGAGAAGUAUGAACGCCUCCGCUCAGACGUCAUCAUUAAACUCAAGUUCCUGGAGGAGAAUAAGGUGAAAGUGAUGCACAAGCAGCUCCUGCUCUUUCAUAACGCCAUCUCUGCUUACUUCGCUGGCAACCAGCAGCAGCUGGAGCAAACGCUGAAGCAGUUCAACAUAAAGCUGAGGCCCCCAGGGGCCGACCAGCCCUCCUGGUUAGAGGAGCAAUGAGAGGCGCCUGCUGGGCCUCACUCAGCCUCCGAUUGACCACCUCCACCUGUUAACCUGUUGAAACCCCCCAACUUACAGAGGACCACUACAGAGAGAGACAUGCAGACGACUGGAUGGAUGAAGAAUGAAGAGCAGCGUGUGCCUGGAUGACUGGACUGAUGAAUUACAGGGUAUUAUCGGUGAAUGGUCUUAAAACAGCAGGAAAUAGCGCGGCCAGUCUCAUAAACAGUCAGAGGGCUUCUAGUGCCUCUCAUCCCGACUCCCUUGUCUCACUUUAACCUUCUCCUUGUGCUUUUGUUCCCAGAGAAACUGUUCAUCUCCUCCUCCCUCUCUUACCCACUUCCCUUGACCCCCUCCUAUCAACACUACUUUGCCGUGUACGCUUGUGUUAGUCGUUUUUAUGGCUAUUGUUGUUCUCCUCAAGUGCUGAGUUCAAAUUCAACCGCACGUCACGCAGCGCAGAACCAGAGAUGGACGAGUCGAGGAGAAACAGCUGAAAUCAUCCAACACAACGCAAAGGCAUCCAAACUCCUCCAAAC